AUGGCCUCAAUCUCCCAGCUUGCCUGCAUCUAUUUGGUCUUCAUUCUGUAUGAGGAUGAAGUGACUGCCCUGGUCAAUGUCUGCAUCAGGAGCCUCAUCUGCACUGAAGGGGCCAGUGGACCUGCUCCAGCAGCUGGUGCUGCACCAGCAGGAGGUCCUGCCCCCUCCACCACCACUGCCUCAAUGAAGGAGAAUAAAGCAGAAGCAAAUAAAGAAUCUGAGGAGUAUGUUGAGGACAAAAGCUUUGGUCUUUUAUGA